UUGUCUUUGUCAAACUAAAUCAGCUGCUAAAUCAGUGAAAAGUUUGAUCGCUAUGGUGCUAACCAAAACAAUAAAUAAUAUUUUCAAAGUAAAUGAUUAUAGUGAAAUCUACAGAAUCCGUAUAAUUCUGUUACUUUGCAUAGUUUGCAUUGGUGUAAUUUAGUUUUUAAAUCAUUGUCGCAACAAAAGGAAGUUUGUUUGUUUAAGUGAUGUGCAUUUAUUAAUGCUUAUUAUUUGAGGUGGAAAUUGAUAUUGUAAUAUAAAAAAUGUCAACAAGUGAAGCAGAUUUAAGUGAUUCUAAUUUGGAAUCGCCGUUUUCGCAAUCGGACUCCCCGUAUAGUUCGCCAUCCCAACAAGUGCCACAACUUGCCAAUUUCAUAUCAGAGUUAUCAUGUAAAGAUACAAUUCAAAAGAGAGGCAAUAUGCCAUAUCUGCAGAUUGUGGAGCAACCACAAAACCACUUCCGGUUUAGGUACAAAAGUGAAAUGAUUGGGACGCAUGGCUGUCUUCUUGGAAAGUCCACAUCGUCUAGCAAAACAAAAACCCAUCCAACUGUAGAAUUAUGUAACUUCCACGGGAAAGCACUGUUAAGAUGCAGAUUGGUAAGACAUGAUGCAGAUGAAGAACAUCCUCACCGGUUGCUGGAAGAUGACCAGGACCGAGAUGUGACGGGUGUUCUGCCUCAACGUGGGAGCUACAGAGUAGCGUUUAGUGGUAUAGGUAUAAUUCAUACUGCCAAAAAAGAUGUCGCAGCACUUUUGUAUCAAAAAUAUAUGCAAGAUAAACAUGGAAGCGGAUCUAUGAAUGAAAAUGGGAUUCGCCUAAUGUGCGAAAAUAGCGCGAAAAAUAUCAACUUAAAUAUCGUUCGGCUAAAAUUCAGCGCCCACGAUUUGAACACGGAUAAAGAGAUUUGCCCACCGGUGUUCUCUGAACCCAUUCACAAUAUGAAGAGUGCGGCUACAAAUGAUUUAAAGAUAUGCCGAAUGAGUCGAUGUUACGGCCGGCCCCAGGGUAGCGAUGACGUCUUCAUACUUGUAGAAAAAGUUAAUAAAAAAAACAUAAUGAUCAGAUUUUUCGAAUUGGAUGAGAGAGGUGAACGUACCUGGACGGCCACAGGAACGUUUUUGCAAAGCGACGUGCAUCAUCAAUAUGCGAUUGUUUUCAGGACACCACAGUACAGGGACCCGCAAACCGCAAAAGAUGUUACAGUUUAUAUUGAGCUAGUGCGACCGUCCGACGGGAGGACCAGUGAGCCCAAAGAGUUUACCUACAAGGCGGAAACUAUUUAUAAGCAAAACAAAAAAAGAAAAGCCAAUAGUUAUUCUUCAUACUCAUCCUUAGAGAGUGUAUCAGGUGGUUCAGUGAAAAGUUACAAGGACGUGCCCAUAUCUGUAGAGUAUGUUAAUCAAAACAAUAAUUUCUUUAAUAAAAAUGAGGAUGAAUUAAUGAAAGAAAUUCCUGCGUUCACUAUAAAAGUUCCCGAAAUGCAGCAAGUGGCGCCGACGUCGGACUCCAUGAUGGCGGACGCAAUCCUGUACGACAUCGGCUCUGCACCGCUCGGCAUGGAGCCGCCGCUCAAGCUCAGCCCCAUGCUGGGCCAGCCCAACGUGCCCGCGCCGCCUGGCCCGCCCGAGCUGCAGUUGCACUCCUCGGAGAUGGACCGCAUCCUGGAGCGCAGCAUCGAGCCCGAGGAGAAGAAACGCUUUUACGAGACUGACUUAAGUGAAUAUUUUAAACAGUUCGAUGGCAGUUUACCGGAUAUGAAUGAGCCAGGCGUUUUGGAUAUUCUCAAAUGCUCAAUGUUCGCAACGGAUUCCGGCAGAGCGAAGAAUGUGAGAGAUGCUACAAAUGUGACAAUAAAAGAAGAAAGUCCAAAACUCAAUGCCAAAAAGAUGAACGCUGGAGAAUACUCUGCCGUUUAUAAGUCGGAGGACGGCCAGGAAGUCAAAAAGCUGGUGAAGGAGCUUUGCGAAAUGAUAAGAAACAAAACCACGUUUAAGAAGCAAGACGUCAGAAGAAAAUUGGAAAGGCUAUUCGAAAUGCGAUUGAGCAACGGAGAUACUUUUCUCCACAUGACCCUAUGCAGUAACCAGCCGAGUCUGGAAUACAUUGUGAAACUGAUUCACAGUAUGAAAAUGACGAAACUAUUGAAUUUAAAAAACAAUCAGAUGCAAACCAUCCUUCAUCUUGCAAUUAGUAAUGAUUCUCCAAAGCUCGUGUCGUUUUUGGUCGCAAAAGGAUGUAACCCAAUGGAAGAAGCCCACGAAGGGAACAACGCAGUGCACUACGCGGUCAUCUGCCAGACGUGCCUCGAACCCUUGCUGGAAGCCGUCGAGACCCAUGGCGUCAGUUGCGAUAUCAACGCCUACAACAACGAGAAGCAGAGUCCGUUGCAUUUGGCAGUGGUAUACGCGUCCGCGGAGAGCGCCGCCACACUGCUGCGGCACGGCGCGAGCACGAACGCGCGCGACGCCAGCGGCCGCACGCCGCUGCACCUCGCCGCCACGGACGACUGCCUCGACGUGGCGCGCCUGCUGCUCGACGUCGUGCCGCCCAGCGACAUUGACGUUGUGGACGGAAAAGGUUACACCGCGUUGCAAAUAGUUUGCGACGGUCCAGUGAGGCCGAACACGCUCGAGAUCGCUAAACUUCUGCUUGAGAAAAAAGCGGACCCCAUGAAGCACGAGGAGUACAACCAGCCGGCGUGGCGCCUGGCGCGCAGCAAGCCCGCGCUGCUGGCGCUGCUGCAGCGGCACGCCGACCUGCCGCCGUUCGACGACGACGUCAAGUCCGAGCCCGAGGACGACUUCGAGUCCGCGGACGAGGGCGAGGUGGAGGGCGCGCUGGCGGAGCUGCCGCUGUACGUGGAGGAGCUGGCGGCGCUGCUGGACGAGCGGCGCGCGUGGCGCGAGCUGGCGCGGCGCCUCAGCAAGGAGUCGCUGCUGGCCUGGUACGGCGCCACGCCCAGCCCCACAAGGACCCUCCUCAACCACAUCAAGGAGUGUGAUGACAGCAUCACUUCAAAGUCAUUGGCGCUUUUACUAGACGACAUUGGAUAUUUGGAUGCGGCUAUGAUCGUAAGAAGAUACCUCAACGAUUGACACCACAGGCUCAAAAUAUUGUUGAUAUGGCAAAGUAAUUAUUGAAUGGUAAAGCUCUAGUUUCCUCGGACAGCGGUGGCAUCUCAGCGUCCGCUUUAUCCGAGUAGUACGAGAUAAGAACGACCUUAACCCUUCUGGUCACCAGAUGAAACGUGCAUUUUAGGGUUCCGGACCCCCGGUCCGACCGCUGUCUGUCAGAGGGCUGUCCCUCGUGAACCGUAAUAGGCAAAGAGCUGAUAUUUUCACAAAAUGUGUUUUCCUAUUGCCGCUAUAACACAAAUACAAAUAAAUAAUACAGCUAAAUACAAUUAACAAGUUAUUUCUUGUAUGGAACGCUUCGUGUGCGAGUCUCGCACUUGACCGAUUUUUCCCACUUUAUUUAAUUUUCUCACUUAUCUGAUAACCAAACGAAUUAAAUAUAAUGCAUUCAAAAUAACAAAGGUUACUCGUUUCCUUGUUGUGACGUGUUAGCUAGAAAAAUGUUUUGUUUCAGUACAUGUUUUCAAUGGAUUUUGCAGGACAAAUUUUCAAUGAUGAAAAUAUAUUGAUUUAAAAUAUAUUUCUAGCUCGGACAUCAAAACAUGCCGGACAUGAUUUCCCGUUUUUUUUCAUUGAUUUUAGUUUCGUUGGUACAAAAUUAUACGCCAAUGGAAAGCAGAAAUCGUAAUUUACAAGAAAAUGUAGGGUUGCCUAAAGACAACUCUGUCCAAGAGUCAUCAGUCAGGGUUACCGCGCCUUAAAGUUAGAGAAUUCGAACAUGUUUUUAUGCUUGUCUGAUAACCCAACAAAUCUGAUACCAAUCGAGA